UCAAAAUUCUCAGUUUUACAAUAAUUCCAUAGAAGGGGUCUAUUUGGAUGAGAACGGAGACCUGGCAUCAGACUUGGACAUUGUGCACUGGGUGAUUUUCUUGAAUAAGUCGGUUAGCAAAGUGAAAUUUGGGAGUCUAGAUAGACAAGGAUCCCAAGAUGUCAUGUUUGUGAUCAACCCAAAUGUGACUGCAGAGAUGGAAGGGCUGAACAAGCCCUUGCCUCCUUCCAGGUGUGUGGAACGCUGUCGUUCUGGAUUCAGGAAGGUGGCUCAGGAAGGGAGGCCCAUCUGCUGCUACGAUUGUCUUCCUUGCACUGAAGGAAUGAUCUCCACCAUGGAAGAUGCAGAAAACUGCAACAAGUGUCCAGAAGAUCAGUAUCCAAACAUCCAUCGAGAUCACUGUAUACACAAGAUUGUGACCUUCCUACCCUAUCGAGAAAAUCUGGGGAUCAUCCUGGCUUCCCUUGCUUUGUUCCUCUCAUUAAUCACAGGCUUUGUCUUGGGAAUCUUCAUUAAAUAACAAGACACUCCGAUCAUCAAAGCCAACAAUCGGGACCUCUCUUACAUCCUCCUUGUAUCCCUUCUGCUUUCCUUCUUGACCUCCUUCCUCUUUAUUGGCCGACCAAGGAGAGCCACCUGCCUGCUGCGACAAACAGCUUUCAGCGUCAUUUUCUCAGUGGCUGUCUCUUCUGUCUUGGCCAAAACAGUCACGGUGGUGUUAGUGUUUUUGGCUACAAAACCAGGGAAUAAAGUCCAGAGGUGGCUGGGAAAGAGCUUGGCUAACUCCAUCGUCCUUUUUUGCUCUGGUCUACAAGUUGUCAUCUGCAGCAUUUGGUUGGGGACAUCUCCCCCCUUCCCUGAGUCUGACUUGAACUCUCAGUCUGGAGAGAUCAUCCUGCAAUGCAAUGAAGGCUCCGUCACCAUGUUUUAUGGUGCUCUUGGCUACAUGGGCUUCCUGGCUGCUGUCUGCUUCGUAGUGGCUUUCCGGGCCAGGAACCUCCCAGGGGCCUUCAAUGAAGCCAAACUGAUCACCUUCAGCAUGCUGGUCUUCUGCAGUGUUUGGAUGUCCUUUGUGCCCACUUACCUGAGCACCAAAGGGAAGUACAUGGUGGCUGUACAGAUCUUCUCCAUCUUGUCCUCCAGUGCUGGCCUGCUGGGCUUCCUCUUUUUCCCCAAAUGCUACAUUCUUUUUCUAAGACCAGAUCUGAAUACAAAAGAACAUUUGAUGUCAAAAUAA